AUGGAUCCUGCGACUAUUAUUGAAGUUAUAAAUUGGAUAGCUCCUCCCAUUUGUAGAUACUGGAAGUACCAUAGAAAGUUUAAUGAAAUCUUGAGUUCUCUGGAAAGCAUGAGAGAGGAUCUUAGUAUCCGCAUGGAAAACAUAGAACUAAGAUUGAACGUGGAGCUUCGUUAUCAUAAAGUACCAAACAAAGAAGUGGAAAGUUGGUUGAGAAAAGCAAAAAAGAUCUUCGAGGAGACACAGAGAAUUGAAGAUAAAUUCAGUAAAGGCAACUAUUUUUUGCGUGGUUGGCGAGGAAAACUUGUUGAUGAAAAGAUUCAAGAAGUGAAAGGAGUUUAUGAUCAAGGUGUUUUUCCAGAUGGUUUGACAAUUGAUGCUCCUGAUGACAUUGGAUUGCCAUUACCAACAUCAGAAAUGGUAGGUGAAGUUAGUGUAAAAGAAAAAAUUUGGAAACACUUGAUUGAUGAUGAGGUACGCAAGAUAGGUGUUUGUGGGAUGGGAGGGGUUGGUAAAACAACCAUCAUGAAGCACAUUCAUAAUCAGCUCUUGGAAGAAAGAAAUAAGUUUGAUAAAUUAAUUUGGGCAAUCGUAUCCAAGGAGUAUGAUGUUGUUAAACUGCAACAAGACAUUGCAACUGCACUGGGGGAAGAUUUGUCAAAACAGAAUGAUAAAACCACGCGGGCAGCAGUGUUACAAAAGAUGUUGAAAGGGAUAAAGAGAUAUGUGCUAAUUUUAGAUGAUGUGUGGAAGAAAAUAUCUCUAGAGGAAGUUGGAAUCCCUGAACCAACUGUAAUGGAUGGAUGCAAAUUAGUUUUAACAACCCGUUCCACAGAGGUGGCUCGAUCCAUGGGUUGUGAGGUAAUCAAAGUUGAGCCACUUUCAGAAAUGGAGGCAUUCAAUUUAUUCUUGAGCAAAGUUGGAUUUGAGCUUUUGCGUGUUCCCACUUUACAAUCAACUUUGAAACUAAUUGUGAACCAAUGUGGUGGUUUGCCUCUGGCAAUUGUUACACUGGCCAGCAGCAUGAAAGGAGAGCCCGAUGUUCAUAUAUGGGGGAAUGCAUUAAAUGAAUUGAAAGCACGUAUAGGAAGUGUUGAGGAUAUGGUAGACGAGGUCCUUGAACGUUUGAAAUUUAGUUACGAUCGUUUGAGAGAUCCAAAAAUCAAACAUUGCUUCCUAUAUUGUGCUUUAUAUCCUGAAGAUUUUGCAAUAGACAAGGAGGAGUUGAUAGAAUAUUGGAUAGUUGAAGGAUUUAUUGAUGAAUUGGAGAGUAGAAAAGCUAUGUAUAACAAAGGCCGUGCUAAUUUGAAGAGACUAGAAGAAAAUUGUUUAUUAGAAAGCGUGGAUGAUGAGAAAUGUGUGAAGAUGCAUGAUCUGGUGAGAGACAUGGCAUUGUACAUUACUAGUCAGAGUCCUCGAUAUCUGGUAAAAGCUGGGAUGCAAUUGAGAGAGCUACCAACUGAGCAUGAAUGGACUGAAGAUCUUCAGAAGGUUUCCUUAAUGCGCAACGACAUUUCAAAAUUUCGCUUAGAUAUGACACUUCUUAAGUUUACAGCACUCUCGACCUUGCUUUUGCAAGAUAAUGAAUAUUUAAGAGAGAUUGAUGACUCUGUCUUUACGCUCAUGAUUGAGCUUAAGGUUCUUGAUCUUUCUGGUUGUCGUAGAAUCAGAAAUCUGCCAAAUUCUAUUUCUAGCUUGGUAAAACUCACUGCGUUGUUGCUUAACGGUUGUAGUGAUCUACAACAUGUGCCUUCUUUGGCAAAACUUGUGGCUCUGAAGAAGUUGGAUCUUGGUCAGACGGGUAUUACAGCCAUUCCUGACGGACUCGAGAUGUUGGUACAUCUCAGAUACCUUGAUCUUUAUGCAUACGGUAUAAAAGAGAUGCCUGCUGGAAUACUACCAAAACUCUUCCGUGUUCAAUACUUGAGGUUAGAUAAUGCAGUUGCAGAAGCAGAAGAAGUUUCAAGAUUGAGCAAGCUGGAAUGCUUGGGUAUUCGUUUCAGAAAUCUGCAAGAAUACCACAUCUACUUUUCUCUAAAACAACAAAGAUGCCUCAAUUACUAUUCUUUUAAUUCUGUAGGAUUUGACUAUUACUUUAUAGAAGGAAGAAGGGGAAAAGCGGUAGGAAUUGGAGGAUUAACAAACUUUGGAGACUCCAUUAAGAUACCGACUGACAUUCAGACGCUAUUCAUUGACCGCUGUGAUGAUUUGAGAAGCGUAAGCGAUAUUUCUUCUUUAAAAGAUGCAACUGAUUGGAGGCAAUGCUGGAUUUAUUGGUGCAAGCAGAUGGAGUACUUCUAUUAUUUGUCCUCUCACACAACUGCACUUCAGACCCUUGAGUUUCUGUUUCUUGAGCGUUUUGAUAAUUUAAUUGCAAUUCUUGGAGAAGAAAUAGACGGAGCUAAAUCCACAUUACCAACACCAAUAACACCUGGAAUCUUCUCUUGUCUUAAAACUAUUGAGAUAGGCAAUUGUCCAAAAUUGAAGAGACUGUUUCCGCCGAAGUUGCUGCGAAACCUACAAAACUUAGAAGAAAUUGGAGUUUGGAGUUGCUCAGGACUUGUGGAAAUAGUAGAAGCAUCAAGUGAUGAAGAAGAAGAAGAUAAGGAAGCAAGUAAGAAUUCUGUCAAACUGUCUCUUCCAAAUUUAAGAUCUAUCGAUUUGCGAUCUCUACCGGAAUUAAGGGGCUUCUGUAAGAGUUGUUACGCAAUCCGUUGUGAUUCCCUUAGAAGCAUUUAUAUAGAGGGAUGUCCUAAGCUGAAGACGAUCUCUCCCUUGUUUCCGCAACCUGACAAUGGGCAGCCAUUUCCUCCCGCCUCCCUUAAACGUCUUAUAGUUCGUCCAAAAGAAUGGUGGAAUUCACUGGAAUGGGACCAUCCCAACACGAAGAAUGUCCUUGAACGCUUCCUUGAGUAUUCAAGUUAA